AUGUCUGCUCAGGUCAUCGAGGCUAAACUUGAAGCCGAGAGUAGAGCUUUCCAAAAGCUUCAGAAAGAUCUUACAAAGGCAGUUGAAUCUCGCCAACAAUUGGAUUCGCAACGCCAAGAGAAUGAGCUUGUCAAGAAGGAAUUCGACCUGUUGGACAGUAGUUCUAGUAUCUACAAGCUAGUUGGACCUGUGCUCGUCAAGCAAGAAAGAACCGAAGCCUUUGCAAACGUGAAGAACCGUCUAGAUCUAAUCAAUGCUGAAAUAAAACGCGUUGAAGCACAGCUCCAAGACUUGACCCAAAAGUCAGAAAAGAAGAGAACAGAGAUUAUGCAGCUACAAUCACAGUUUCAGGAACUGAGAGCAAAAUAA